CUUGUGCUAACAUUCAAACAUGAAAUCAAAUUAAAGCUGUGGUGAUCGGUUUAAGUUAGUCGACACUACAUCUUAAACAAAAGGUAUUUGAAAAUUGCUUUCAAAAAAAUAUUUUUCCAGUUUUACACGGACUUCGCGAACAACAUUCGAAUAGUGUCAUCACAGGUAUAAAAUAAAACACAUUGGUUCCGUUUGAAACUAUUGUAUGUAAACAACUAAAACACUAUAUAGUGCAUUGUUUCUUGAGUAUUUUAACAAAAUUGAUAUAUACAUUUAUCCAUCAGAAUAAUAGGAUAUUUUAAAAUGGGAUGUACAUGUGAAAAGAUUUGGAGGCGAAAACAUUCAAAAAUUGGUAAUAAAUGUGACAUUUUUGAUUCAUUACCACAUAUGACAGAUGCACAGAAAGCUGUUAUUCGGAAUAAUUGGCAAAUUUUAAAAUGUCAUGUGGCAAAUAUUGGAGUUAUAACAUAUGUUGGAAUGUUUGAAAGCAGGCCAGAACUUUUAGAAGUAUUCUCGAAGUUCAAAGGUCGAGAUGUAGAUGAACUACGGCGAGCUGGUCUUCUUCGGGAACAUGCACUUCGGGUAAUGGCCACGAUUGACAAAGUGAUUACCCGACUUGACGAGCCUUCCAGUUUAAAACAGAUGCUCAGGGAGGUGGGAGGACAUCACAGGGUAUAUAAAGUGCCUCCAGAUUAUUUGCAGGUCAUUUUGCCUCAUUUUCUAAAUGCAAUUAAACCUCAUAUUGAGGAGCAUUGGUGUGAUGAUUUGGAGGACGCGUGGAAAACUAUGUUUGCCAUUAUUUUGUAUCAUAUGAAUGAAGGAUAUAAUGAAGGACAUAGUGAGUCAAACCAUAAUCAGGCAAAACACAUUGUUGAACCUUCAGUUUGAACUUAAUUUGUAUGUGGAAUUGAAUGCUACACGUAUCAGGACAUAAUAAAGGAAAAUCUAUAUAAACAGUAUUAAAUCGACGAUUAUAGAAUAUGUGAAAGUCUAAAGUAACAUAUUUCGUAAGCAUACCUUGUUCAAUUGUAUUAAGUAUGUAUAGGAUCUCAAUUACAACUUUUGUUAGUAGAAUGUACGUAUAUAAAAACAACUCCAACAACUAAAAUAAGUAUAAUCUAAUAAAUUAUACAUUUUUGUUUUAGUAGGAGGAGACAGCAUUUUAAAACGACAUGGAUUCCUUUUUUCAUUUGACGGAGUAUGUUUCAAGAAAAAUUGUAAUUCUUUCAACCAUUCUUGCAUGCGGGACUCUGAAUUGUGACAACUCCAGUAUGAACAAAACCACUGAUGUUAAACCCAUCUUUGGUGACGACUUCAUAUUAUUUCGGUGUAUAAUGUUCUUAGUAAAGGCGUGUUAUUUUAGAAAUAUCUAAUCUAUGCAAAUAUAGGAAUAUUUUUGAUAAAGAAAUAAUGGCAUUCCCGUCGCUUGUUCACGUUUUAAGAUAAAGUAAAUAUAGUGUAUGUACUAACAUCAAUAAGAAUUAAUGUUGAAGAUGCUAUAUAUAUUGAUAUGGGUCACUAGUUUUCACUCGAAUUGUUAGUAAUUAGUUUGUAAAGUUGAUAAUUGUAAAGUUGUUCCUGAUAUUUUACAGUAAAUUUUACUGUUGCAUAAUCACAAACAAACUAUCAAUUGCAAAAUAUGACACUGCCUCAUCAUUUUGUAAUACAUUUGUCUCAUUUUGGAAUUUUUGAGUCUAGUACAUUGUAAUAUUUUCAGACAGCAUGACGUGGCAAAAUUGCCACUUUCAUGUCAUAUUUCUAAUGACAAUUAUCAAUCAAAUAAAGUACAGUUGAUUUUUCGAUUCAAAUGAAGAACACUUAUUUUUCGGUUUCCUUAUUCAAUGUAUGCGUCAUAUCUUUAUUCCUUC